AUGUCUUUUUUUGGCGGUGCCGACUGUUCCGUUAAUGGAAAUGCCGUGGCCCAGCUCAACAAACACACUCAACAAGACCGUUCUCUUCAACGGCAAACGAACCAGCCUGGUCAGGUGGCCAACCAGGGGUUCAAGAAUGACAAGAUGAUGAACCAGCGUGAUUUGGACCAGUUCAUGGGUGGCGGGUCCCCUUCGCCUUCGCCUUUCCAGUUUCAACCUAUGCGCCAUGAACUCAACAGAAUCCAACAGACUCCUCAGCAGCCUCAGGCUGGAAACCAACAGAACUGGCUAAACGAGUUUAAUGCCCAGUCCUCCCAACCUGUCCAUAGCCAUACCCAGUCCCAGGGUGCCGUUCCUAGAACUUUGAAUAACGCCCAGUGGGCGUCUGAGUUCUCCCAGGCUCCUCAACACCAACAACAGCAAAACCACAUGCAACAGAACAGAAUGCCUAUGAUGAGUUAUAGACCUAUGAUGGGUAUGGGCAUGGGCUCCACUAUGGCUGGAACCUCGCAACAGCAGCAGCAGCAGCAACAGCCUGCUCAGGCUGAAGAAACUGCUGUGGAUUGGGAUAACCAGUUCAAGGAGAUCGAGGAGCUCAGCGCAGACGCUCUGGCUGCCGAAGAGGUGGCCACGGCUGAACAAGAAGAUGUUGAAGCCGAUCCAGUUAUCGACGAUAAGUACCAGGCCACAUUUCAGGAAGUGUGGGACUCGUUGAACCUGGAGUCCAUUGAAAAUGACUUUAUUUCUCAACAGUACGAAGAGUUUAAGAACUCUCAGGGCGAGACUUACCCUGCCAGCAUGCUGCAGUGGGAAAGAGAUUUCGCCAAGUACGCCUCCACUAGAGCUCACUUCGGUGACUACAAGUUUGAAUCUGCCGAGCAGAACCAGUUCAUUGACUUGCCUCAAACCGAGGACCCAUACCAGAUUGGUCUUCAGUUGAUGGAGAACGGUGCCAAGUUGUCAGAAGCUGCCUUGGCUUUCGAGGCUGCCAUCAACCGUGACCAAAACCACGUCCAGGCCUGGCUCAAGCUUGGUGAGGUUCAAACUCAAAACGAAAAGGAAGUUGCCGGUAUCACUGCUCUUGAAAAGUGUCUUGAGUUGAACCCAGAAAACUCCGAGGCAUUGAUGACUUUGGCCAUUUCUUACAUUAACGAAGGUUACGACAACGCUGCUUUUGCUACUUUGGAGCGUUGGAUCGCCACCACCUACCCAGUUAUCGCCGAACAGGCACGUCAAGAAAACCCAACCAUUUCUGAUGAGGACAGAUUCACUUUGCACAAGAGAGUAACUGAAUUGUUCAUCAAGGCUGCUCAGUUGUCGCCAGAACAGGCCAACAUGAACGCCGAUGUGCAGAUGGGUCUCGGUGUGCUCUUCUACGCCAACGAGGACUUUGACAAGACUAUCGACUGCUUCAAGGCGGCUCUUUCAAUUAGACCAGAUGACCCCGUUUUGUGGAACAGAUUGGGUGCAUCUUUGGCCAACUCGAACCGUUCAGAGGAGGCCGUCAAUGCAUACUUUAAGGCGUUGGAGCUUAGACCAACCUUUGUCCGUGCCAGAUACAACUUGGGUGUGUCGUGCAUCAACAUCAGCUGCUACAAGGAGGCAGCCGAGCACUUGCUUAGUGGAUUGGCAAUGCAUCAAGUUGAAGGUCAGGAAUCCACCCUUAGUCACAACCAGUCGUCUUCCUUGAUGGAGACAUUGAAGAGAUCGUUCAUUGCCAUGGACAGAAGAGAUUUGGUUGAGCUCGUGAAACCUGGAAUGAACUUAGACCAGUUCAGAGGUGAGUUCAACUUUUAA